UCAGUACCCGGCUAUGAAGAUAGAGAUACUUACAAGAGAUGCGAAGCAAUAAUGUGUCUCGGCAGGGCAGCCACUAUCAUUCCAUUUCGUCUUCAUUGUUCAGUAUGAUGGCAUCUGCUAAGCGGUUUAUUGUGUACUCGAGUACGUUCUUACUGCUGUUCGGUUCGAUCCCAAGCAGUUAUCAGCUGGUUCCACUUGUGAUAAAUACCUGGGCGUUUACAAAUUCCACUAUUAGAGCACAUCAAUCACUAACCAUCGGUCAGUUCGGCGCAAUCGAUGCGUUAGUCGAGGGAUGCAGUGUAUGUGAAAGAGAACAGUGUGAUGGAACGGUUGGAUACGGAGGAAGUCCCGACGAGAACGGGGAAACGACGCUGGACGCCAUGAUUAUGGACGGCAGAACGAUGAACAUUGGGGCCGUAGCUGCGAUGAGAGACAUUAAACACGCUAUCGCUGUGGCCCGGCAUGUCCUGCAGAACACCAAGCACACGAUGUUGGUUGGUGAGCGGGCCACCGAAUUCGCGGUCCAGAUGGGUUUCACCAGAGAAUCGCUGCAAACGGAACAUUCCAAGGCGAUGUGGGAUGAGUGGAAGAAUAACCAUUGUCAGCCGAACUUUUGGUUGAACGUCAUACCAUCUCCAUCGAUGUCUUGUGGCCCCUAUGAACCCAUCUCAGCAAAUACAAUUCAGCAAACAUUCGUUACCUCAAACGAUUUGGAUAGCUCAGAGCAGCCCCAGUUCGGUCAAUAUAACCACGACACGAUCGGAAUGAUAGUGAUCGAUGCUGAGGGUCACGUAGUUGCCGGAACAUCAACGAACGGCGCGCGUAACAAGAUACCGGGUCGUGUUGGCGAUUCUCCGAUACCGGGAGCGGGGGCUUACGCUGAUGGAAGCGUAGGAGCGGCCGCUGCCACUGGCGAUGGGGAUGUUAUGAUGCGCUUUCUGCCCUCGCUGAUAGCCGUUGAGGGAAUGCGUCAAGGGCUGAGCCCACAGUUAGCAGGAGAAGCGGCAUUGGCGCGCAUCACCAAACAUUAUCCUGAUUUCGUGGGCGGUAUUGUGGUGGCCGAUCGGUAUGGCAAAUACGGAGCGGCCUGUCACGGCAUGAACGAGUUCCCGUACUCGGUCAUCGAAGGGAGCGAUCCGGCGGCGGGUGUUGCCGUUAGAAAGGUGCCAUGCAGAAGCAAACGAAAUUGAUCCAGAGAGAUUAAGUAUUUUCAUUGUAAUUCUGCAUUUCUUCAAAUGAUUGUAUUCUAAAUGAUUAUUGAUUAAAGACUGUGUAAACUAUGGUGAACCAACAUC